AAAGUUUAAAGUUUUUCUAACGCAUUGCGUAAAUAAUGCGGCAAUGCUAUCUGGCGGCAAAAACAGCAAAUGCAAAGAACAGAGUUGCCAAUCUCGAGAGACGUGGAAAACAAUAUUUGCGAUUUUUCGAGAGUCAGGAAUAUCAAUAAAAUAAUGCUCGGAUUGUCAAGUGCUAUUUGUUUCGACAUGAGUGUUAACAACCUGUUUACGAACAUUUUGCGUUUCGGACGACGAUGUGUGAAACCUGCUGCUGCACCACGGCGCUAUGCUUCCGUUGCCGCAAGUCCAGCAGACAGGGACAGCGUGAAAUCAAAAACUGGCAUACUAAUGUUAAACAUGGGCGGUCCUUCCAACACCAGUCAAGUACACGAGUACUUGUUAAGAAUAAUGACCGAUCGUGAUAUGAUUCAAUUGCCAGUUCAAAGUACAUUAGGUCCGUGGAUAGCCAAACGUCGCACUCCGGAAGUGCAGAAAAAAUAUUCGGAAAUCGGCGGUGGAUCGCCAAUUCUACAAUGGACGAACAAACAGGGCGAACUUUUAUGCAAAAAGCUGGAUAAAAUUUCGCCUGAAACCGCACCUCACAAACAUUACGUUGCCUUUCGCUAUGCUGAUCCUCUCACGGAAGAAACUCUUGAGAGGAUACGCAACGACGGUGUGGAGCAUCUUGUAUUAUUUUCUCAGUAUCCUCAGUAUAGUUGUUCAACUUCGGGCUCCAGCUUCAAUGCCAUAUACAAUUAUUACAAAACUAGAGAAUUGCCAAGUGGGAUGAGAUGGAGUAUAAUAGACAGAUGGGCAACUCAUCCGCUCCUUGUGAAAACGUUUGUCGAAAGAAUUAAAGAGGAGCUCGCGCAAAUUCCUAGCGAAAAAAGAGACGACGUUAUAAUUCUGUUUUCAGCUCACUCUUUACCGUUGAAGGUUGUGAAUAGAGGAGAUUCUUAUCCGUCGGAAGUUGGAGCUACAGUUGCGUUAGUCAUGCGGGAAUUAAAUUACUGUAAUCCGUACAGUUUGGUAUGGCAAUCCAAGGUCGGACCUACGGCUUGGCUAGGACCUUUCACCGACGAAGCGUUAAAGGGUUACGUUAAACAGGGCAAGAAACAUUUUAUUCUGGUUCCGAUUGCGUUCGUAAAUGAGCACAUUGAGACCCUUCACGAAUUGGACAUAGAAUAUUGUCAAGAGCUUGCCGAAGAACUUGGUAUCGAGACGAUACGACGAGCUGCGGCGCCUAACGACCACCCUAUUUUCAUCGACGCUCUAGCGGAUAUUGUUGCGUCGCAUAUCAAAUCGAAACAGUCUAUAAAUCCUAAAUUUUUAACGCGAUGUCCUCAUUGCGUAAAUUCUAACUGCGCUGCCAGCAAAAACUGGUACGCUAAAAUCUGUAGAAUUUAGUAUUAUCGCGCGCAAACACGUUUGUGGAAAUAAACAUUUGUAUUAAUAUUUCUAAUUAUAUUGGUUUGCAAUAUGUACAAAUCAUAUAUAUGACUCUUCCAAUGUACGAUUAAAUUGACCACGCAUUUGUGUAACAAGUUACAUAGAUUGUUAAUAAUAAUAUUGUUGAUAAUCGAACGAAAAUAUAUAUACAGAUAUGUGUAAAAUGUAUGUUUGCGUGUAUGAAUAUCGUGCAAUAAUAUCGA